AUGCCCUGCGCUGAUGACGACACGGUUUAUUUACAUCAUGGCAAGCCGACAACACCUGUCCGUCCAGUGUCAACAACUCCAGUGUACAACCAGCAAGUGACCUUGACCUGCAGCUCCACCUCUACCACUGUCCCAGCUGACCAUGGCCUGACCUUGACCUACAUCUGGCAGCGUGACAGAACUCACAUCACAGUAACCUCCCCUGGUUCCCCCUACACCUUCAGAGUGAGUUCCCGGGACAGUCACAGCUACAGAUGCAGAGCCAGAGAAAGUCAGGGUCUGGAGUCAGAGUGGAGCCAGGGGUACAACAUGGAGCCUCAGUACGGGCCCUACCAGAUCUCCCUGACCCCCUCCAUCUCCUCCUACACUGUGACAGAACACCAAGCUCUUCCAUCAAUCACGUGCUCCGCCAUCUGUAGACCCGGAUGUACCUACAGAUGGUUUCACAAUGGAACAGCCUUCAGCAGUGGAGCCGUGCUCCAGGGACAAGCUGACAGAUCUAAGACAGGCUCCUACAGAUACCCAGCAACUGUAAUCAUGUUCACCGUCAACUCACUCAGCGGUACAUUGGCAGUUAACGAGUCUGAUCCGGUGACGUUACGAUGCCAGGUUGAUAGUAACCCAAGGUCAGUCAUCAGAUUACUGAAUGGAACUGAGGAGUUGACAAGGGCAGAUAACUCCAUGACAGCAGAAUAUAGACUGGCGUCAGCAGACUGUCGACAAAGAGGGAACUACUCCUGUACUGCCACUAACAACAUCGGGGCACCUGUCAGCCAGAGGGUGGAGUUGCUGGUCAAAUGUUCUCCUCGACUUGAUGAGACAGCUGUCAAGCAACUCAAAUACGCCUCUAGACUGGGUGGUAACGUGAACGUGUCUGUGUCAGUCCUGGCCUACCCCCUUCCUACAUUCACCUGGAGUAGAACCACCAGCACCAGCCAGGACCUCACUGGUUCCUCCAUCCCUGUCUCCGCCAUCUCGGUCACUGCCAGACUACACCUUACUAACCUCCAACAGCAGGACUUCGGGGACUACAGUCUCACAGUCAACAACGGUGAAAGCAGUUCAGUGACAUAUACAGUCAGCAUAGUGUCUGAAGGGCCACCAGAUGUACCUACACAGUUUAGAGACCUGGAUAAUGCAACAACGUCGUCGGUAUGGUUAUCAUGGCUGCCUGGUUUCAAUGGUGGACACCCUCAGACGUUUCUGCUUGAGCAUCUCAAGUUUGCUACAAGAACUUGGACUGUCUACAAGACCUAUGCAGACACCGGCAAGAUGAUGGUGGUGGAAGUGACUGGGCUUACACCAGGAGAUAUUCACAUAUUCCGACUACAUGCUAGAAAUGACUAUGUGGAUUCUAACAGAUAUGUAUUUGUAGAAACUAGGACUGCUGGAGCGGAUGCUGCAGCAGGUACAAGUACCUAUGAAGGCAUGACAGAGACUCCCCCUGUGACCUAUGAGUCCAUCAGAGCAUCACCAUACCAGAACACUGGAGCAAAUUCUCAAGGUUCUGACCAUGACAAUAAGUAA